AAACACCUAAGUUUACAACAACACGUCAAAAUUGGAUUCAUAAAAUUUUCUGACAGAAACGGAUAUUUAAACCUAGGAAGAUCUUUGUGUCUGUUUCUUUCGUUGCAUCUGUCAGCUCUUUGGUUGUUGCUAUAGUUGAAAUCACAUAUUCAGAGGGAAAAAUUAGGUCGAUUAAUUGCAAAUGGAUGGCUUUAAGGGACAAGGUGGUGUACAGAUGUUACUGAGUGCAGAACAAGAGGCCCAACAGAUUGUUGCAAGUGCCAGAAACUUGAAAAACUCGCGAUUAAAGCAAGCGAGAGAAGAAGCAAACAGAGAAAUUGCGCAAUACCGGGCAAAUUUGGAGGCUGAGUAUCAAAAAUCGGUGUCUGAGACAAGUGGUAAUUCGGGCAUGAAUGUGAAACGACUUGAAGAGGAGACUGUUGAAAAGAUCAAGAGCUUGAAGGAUAUGAGUUCAAAAGUUUCUAAAGAUGUUGUUGCCAUGCUUAUGAGGCAGGUCACAACUGUUAAAAACUGAGGAUGUUCCCAGGAUGACGAAGAUGUAGACGGAGGAACAUAAUGCUAUUUAAAGUUCUUAAACUCGACUGAUUCAUUAUUAGUGAACUUAAUCAGAAGAUGUAAGAAGAAGAAGCAGAAGAAGAAAAUAAAGAAAUGAAUUUGUUUUUUAAGAACCUCUAUGUCUUAUGCUUGUUGUAAUAAUUGCAGUUAACUGUUAUUACUUCAAUUCUAUUAGUAAUUUUGUUGUGUUUGUUU